CGGCAGUUUGCCAGCUCUAUUCGACAUAGUCAAAAUCCCGGAUUCAAAACGGAAAAAUAAGACAAACAAAUACAAAAUUUCACUGUGAUCAGCUAAUUUUUUGUAUAAAAUUGCACAAAAAUGUAUUUUCUGAAUUAUUGAAAAAGAAUCUCAGUUUCGCAACUCAAGCGUGAAUUGCGUGCCAAGCCAUCCUACAGACUUGUUUCAUCCACAUACACACAAACACACACGCCACACAUGUAUACUACUGUAUUUGCAUAUAUGUGUAAAUGUAUUUGUGAACAAACAUAUGAAACUAAAGCUAUUAUUUACCAUCAAUCAUUAAGAUCGUAAUCCAUGUAAAAGAUGGCUUCCAACUCAACGAAGAAAAGCAAGUCAUCUGGUAUGCGCAUUUUGUGGAUACCAGGACGAAAGAGUCAUCCGAAGGGACACUUUAGUGCCACUAAUAAAAAUGUCACAUAUACGAGUACGCAAAAGAAAAGUGAGGUUUGGUCCCUGGGCGGCAGCAAGGCGCAGACCGAGCUGAUUGAUUUCCCAUCUCCGGAAUCAGUUGAUAAUGCUUCCACAUCGUCCCUGGCCAUUGCUGCAACCACAUACUCGCUGAUUCAGACAACAAAAACUAAAACAGAGUUCUCAUCAAGCGAAAGCCUCACAUCGGAUGAUAUAGCGGUUGCUGCUUCGGAAUGCGCCACAUUGCCAGCAACACCAAUAGCAACAACCUCAUCCAGUUUAAGCAGUCCCCUUUCUGAGUUGGCACCAUCGACACCGUCCACUAAAGCCAUGACAUCACCGAUUGUGGUAACAACAGUUGAAAUACGGGAUUUGCACAACAUCCUGAAUCCCGAUGAAUUGCCCAAAAUUCCACUGCCUCAGACAACAUUGGGCGAAACGACAGAUAUGAUGAUGCUAAAUAGUUCGGCCGGCACAACAGCCUCAAUAGAAACCGCAUCAUCGCCAUCGACUAAUCGCAAGAUUGCUGGUGGUAGUGCUGGAACCGGAGCUAGUAGCACAAUUGGCACUAACGUUUCGAGCUCGCCCAAUAGAAACAAAUACAAAAACCAUAAUAACAAUCAGGAGGACAUCAAUUCAAUUAAAAGCAUUUCCAGUUUGGAUGGACAACGGAUAAGCUCCGAUUUCGGUUGGAUCGAUGAUGCGGUGCAAGAGCGAAAUUGUAACGAUAUGAUGCAUAAAAAUAAACGCAAAAAGUCGAAAAAGGCACGCGAUAGUAAACUACAAUUGGAUCAAAUCGAUGCCAAGGUCGUUGAGUAUCCACUUGAUGCCAAAUUCAAAGAGGAUCAGUCUCAUGAUAAUGACUCUGAUGAGAAGGUUGUCAAAUGUUUAUAUUACUCACUUAUGUGCUGCGACUGUACUAUAUCAUAGAUUUGCAUUAAUCACUUUAAGUAACCUUAAAAAUGUAUAAAACCAUAUAUAUAUGAUGUGUGUGUAAAAUACCUCUCGAAACCAGCUACUAUACUUAUACUUACCCUCCAUAUACAUAUAUAUAUAUAUAUAUAGUAUAAAGUUUAUACUAUAAACAUAAGUAAUAACUUUUUGUACGUUUUUUAUAUACACACACACACACAACCGAAACAAACAAACAUACAGACAACAUUUUUCCCAGUAUAUAUAUAUUUACAUAUGGUAUGUAUGCCUCUGAGAUUACAAUUGCUGCGGCAUACAUAACAUUUCCAGAUAUAGAUAGAUGAUAUAGCGAGUAUAUAUCAGUCAGUUAAAAAAAAAAAAACUGAAA